CCUCGCCUUCCGCCUGAGACCUGCGAACGCAUCAUCGACCAUCUCGAUCCGCGUUGGCACGGAGACGAAAGACCGACUCUGUUGGACUGCGCCCUCGUUUGCCGAGGGUGGUACGUCGAGAGCCGCGCGAUCCUUUUCGAGGAACCUGGGCUCCGCAGUCGGAAAGGGGCAGUCGUCUGUGUGAUAUCGCUGAAGCAGAUGCCUCUCCUCGCUGCCCGUGUGCGACAGUUACAGAUCGGACAUUAUUCAGACUCGAUGACCAUUAUGACAGGUCCGGAGUUGGCAUCGAUUCUCGUGAUGCUGGCUGGGAAACUUCCAAAGCUGGCCUCAUUCAACUUCUAUUCCCUCAGCUUCGAGCACUGCCCUUCGCACAAUUUAGCAUUUUGGAUUUUGCACGAAUUCAGUCAUAUCACAUCGUUGGGGCUACUGAAUGUGACGUUGCCAUCGGCAAGCAUCUUCUUUCAGCUCAUAUGUUCAUUUCGUCAUCUGCAAGAGCUUUUUUGCCACCAUCUU